AUAUAAUAAAUACAUAUAUACAAGAAUCCCCAAUUUAAUAAAAUAAACAUUUAAUGUAAAAUAAUCUAUGACAAUAUAUAUAAGUGGACACACCACAACCAAAUUCUCAACAAGAAAAAAAUACUACCGACCUCUAACUUAAAAUUCACCAUCAAUCCAAGAACACACGUAGCACUAUGAUCAACUCCGAGAAUGCUGUCAUCCUCGCAACAUUAGUCUUAUGCUUCUCCAUUUCCAUAUUAUCACAACGUGAACCUAUCCCGUUUCUGAUGCAACUCGACCGAUGGGAAGUAUUGCUACCGAGCAUCGGUAUAUCCGCCAUGCACAUGCAACUUCUCCACAACGGCAUGGUGAUAAUGUUCGACCGUACCGAUUUUGGUACCUCGAAUAUUUCUCUACCAGGAGGCAUGUGUCGAUUCGAUCCUAGUGACACUGCGGUCAAGUUCGAUUGCUCCGCGCAUUCGGUUCUCUACGACGUUGUCUCCAACACAUACCGUGCCUUGAAAGUCCAAACCGAUACAUGGUGUUCUUCUGGUUCGGUUCUUCCAAACGGAACAUUGGUUCAAACUGGUGGAUACAACGACGGUGAGCGCGCUGCUCGAAUGUUUACCCCGUGUGGUUAUAGUGAAACAUGUGACUGGAUCGAGUUCCCUCAGUAUCUAGCCCAACGUAGAUGGUAUGCCACCAAUCAGAUUUUACCCGAUGGACGGAUAAUUGUGGUCGGGGGAAGAAGACAAUUCAACUUUGAAAUUUUCCCUCGACCUGAUUCUCGUCGUUAUAGAGGAUCAAGAUUUGAUUUUCUUAGGGAAACAGCAGAUGUAACUAGCGAGAACAACUUGUAUCCGUUCAUUCAUCUCUUACCCGAUGGAAACUUAUUCGUCUUCGCUAACACAAGAUCCAUUGUGUUUGAUUACAAAAGGAACCGAAUCGUGAGAGAGCUUCCUGAGAUUCCAGGUGGUGAUCCAAGAAACUACCCAAGCAGUGGCUCUUCUAUACUUUUUCCAUUAGAUGAAACAAAAAAUGUUAUGGAGGCUGAGAUUAUGGUUUGUGGAGGAGCUCCUAGAGACGCCUUUCCACGAGCAAGUAGCCAACAAGGAUUCACACGUGCAACUUCCACGUGCGGGAGGCUAAAGGUAACUAGUCCGAAUCCAAUUUGGGAAAUGGAGACCAUGCCACUGCCACGUGUCAUGGGGGACAUGCUGAUCUUACCAACGGGUGAUAUCAUUAUUGUAAACGGCGCAGGAGCUGGUACAGCCGGGUGGGCAUGCCGUGACCCGGUAACCCGACCCGUGAUAUAUCACACAUUUGAUCGCCGCUUCUCAAUUAUGUCCACAUCAUCGCGUCCUAGGAUGUACCAUUCGUCUGCGGUUUUGUUACCGGACGGUCGGGUUUUAGUCGGUGGUAGUAAUCCUCACGUUUAUUACAACUUCACUAACGUCGAGUAUCCAACGGAAUUAAGCCUCGAGGCUUACUCUCCUCCCUACCUGUCUUUCACGUCUGACUCAAUAAGACCAAAUAUAUUGACCAACGACAAAGUAAUCAGUUACAAGAGAUUGUUCAACAUCAAUUUCUCCAUACAACAGUUCCUGACCAUUGAUCUUCUCUCUGUGAGGAUAGUUGCACCUUCGUUCACUACGCACUCUUUUGCGAUGAAUCAGAGGAUGGUGAUUUUGAAGCUACUAUCUGUGACUCAUGAGGAUCUAACGAAUUCUUAUAAAAUCGACGCGUUGGGUCCAUCAACGGCAGAGAUUGCUCCUCCAGGAUAUUAUAUGAUCUUUCUGGUGCACGCAGGAAUACCAAGUUCAGGUGCUUGGGUGCAAAUUGAGUGAACCUUAAAUUAAGGAUGAAUUGUCUGAAGUGUGUGUUGCAUGUUGAGUUUGUUUACGCUUAUCUUUAUAUAUUAGUGAGAAUAACAGAGGGAAUAAGAGAAUAGAUUACGUAACGUAUAUAAUGCAUGACUCAGCUUGAAUCCAUCUUAUGUUGAAACAAA